GCUCUCAUUGUCGUCAUGUAUUAUACUUCUCCAAUCAAUUUUACUAAUAAGCAAAUUACGGCCUUAGCUCAGAUGUUACCAGUGUACAGUGUAAAAUCUCCAAACCUGGCUAGCCAGUAUAACAGUAUUAAACCCAGGAUUGCAUGAACCCAAGGUUAAAUAUGACCUUGUGUUAACAGCGUUAGAGAGCCUGAGUCAGUCUUGAGUGUUGGAGCUGUGAUGAAUGAUUAGCUCUCAUACGCUGUGAGUCAGGUGCUUCUGAGCUGCUGUAAUGGAGGUGCUGUGGAAGGAAGGAAGGAAGGAAGGAGUCAGUGUUUUUCAGCUCUGCUGACAGAGACAUUCAGCACGGCUCUCUCUGCAUUGCUUUACUCUCGGCUCGCCCAACUGUCAUUGUCUUGUGUGUUUGUCCCGUACCUGAGUGAAUCUGACCCUCUUCUGUUUUCACAGGCCCUGCCUGAAGAUGAACGUCCUCAAAGACAACAAAGACUUGGCCUGUUUCUACACAACCAAACACUCCUGGAGGGGGAAGUACAAGCGUGUUUUCUCCGUGGGAACUCAUGGCAUCACCACAUACAAUCCCACCACACUAGAAGUGACUAACCAGUGGCCCUACGGUGAUAUCUGCGGCAUCGCUCCGGUCGGUAAAGGCCAGGGAACCGAGUUCAACCUCACUUUCCGCAAGGGCAGCGGGAAGAAGUCCGAAACACUGAAGUUUUCCACUGAGCAUCGCACAGAGCUGCUAACAGAAGCACUGAGGUUCAGAACAGACUUCUCAGAGGGAAAAAUCACUGGAAGACGCUAUAACUGCUUCAAGCAUCACUGGAGCGACGCGCGGAGGAGCGUGUGUUUGGAGGUCACGCCGGGAGGCAUCGAUCAGAUCGACCCUCAGAGCAACCGCGUGAUCUGCUCGUACGACUACCGCUGCGUGGAGGGCUUCGCCGAGCUCUCCGACUAUCAGGGAGGCUUCUGUGUGCUGUAUGGAGGCUUCGGCAGACUGCAUCUGUUUGCGUCCGAGCACCGUGACGAGAUCAUUCGCAGUGCGAUCGAACACGCCGGGAGCUUCAUCGGCAUCACGCUGCGCCUGCGUAAGGAGCUUCUGGCGUUCGAGGGCUUCCUUGGCGAGCGUCUGGGGAAGUACGGUUCGGACGAGUGCAUCACCUCACUGACCGAGUUCAUCGUGCAGAAGAUCACGCCGCGGCACACGGAGCCUGUGAGGAGGAUCCUGGCGCUCACAGAGACGUGUCUGGUGGAGCGAGACCCUGCCUCUUACAACAUCGUCACCCUCAAGCCCUUCGGAGAGGUGUUCGCUCUGAUCUGUGACACAGACAAUCCUCAGGUGUUCACCGUCGAGUUCAUCCGCGGUCAGAUACGCAAGUACUGCUCCACAGAAAGGGACUCUCUGCUGGCGAGUCUGCUGGACAGCGUGCGGGCGUCGGGGAACAGGGACGUGUGUGUGAAGAUGGCCCCCACACAAAGGGGCCAGCGCUGGGGCCUCCUCAGCAUGCCUGUGGAUGAGGAGGUGGAGAGCCUGCACCUGCGCUUCCUCGCUGCUCCUCCCAAUUGUAAUUUUGCAGAUGCAGUGUUCAGAUUUAACGUCAACAUCUCUUACAGUGGAGUAAUACACGCCGUCACUCAAGACGGUCUUUUCUCAGAGAACAAAGAGAAACUGAUCAGCAAUGCCAUCCUGGCGCUCUUAUCUCAAGAUGUGGAGCUGCCGGGGCCCAACUCUGAGCUGGAGGCCCAGUUCCAGGCCCUCAGGCGUCUGGUGGCGUCCAAAGCCGGAUUCCAGGCCUUCACACAGCUGCCAAAGUUUAGAGAGAAGUUGGGAGUGAAAACUGUUAAAGCACUGAAGAGAAACCACAACGGCGUGACGCAUGCAGCUAUAGACACGCUGUGUGCUCUCAUGUGUCCGAUGCACGAUGACUACGACCUGCGGCAGGAGCAGCUGAACAAAGCCUCUCUGCUCUCCUCUAAGAAGUUCCUGGAGAACCUGCUGGAGAAGUUCAUCAGUAACGUGGAGCACGGCACAGGAGCGCUGGUGAUCAGCUCGCUGCUGGACUUCCUGACCUUUGCCCUCUGCGCUCCUUACAGCGAGACCACCGAGGGCCAGCAGUUCGACAUGCUGCUGGAGAUGGUGGCCUCCGACGGACGGACGCUCUUCAAACUCUUCCAGCAUCCCUCUAUGGCCAUCGUCAAAGGCGCGGGUCUGAUCAUGAAGGCCAUCAUUGAGGAGGGAGAUAAGGAGAUCGCUAGUAAGAUGCAGGAGCUGGCUUUGAGUGAAGGAGCUCUACCCAGACACCUGCACACCUCCAUGUUCACCAUCAGCGCUGACCAGCGGAUGCUCACCAACAGGCAGCUGAGUCGUCAUCUGGUGGGUUUGUGGACGGCAGAAAACUCCACGGCCUUGAACCUGCUCAAGAGGAUCCUGCCCACCGGUCUGCUGGCGUAUCUGGACAGCUCUGAUCCCGUGCCUGAGAAGGACGUCGAUAGGAUGCACAUACGUGACAACGUCAAGAUCGCCACGGACCAGUUUGGCAGGAAUAAAGUCCCGGAGUGGCAGCGUAUCGCGGGUAAAGCUGCUAAAGAGGUGGAGAAGUUCGCCAAAGAGAAGGCUGACAUCGUGCUGCUGCACUGGAGAGAUAAGAUGGGCAUUGCUCAGAAGGAGCAGGACAGGAAUAACCUGAACGCAAACCAGAGGCCGGUCAUCCUGAGGAAGAGACGGCAGCGGAUCAAGAUCGAGUCCAACUGGGAGCUUUUCUACUACAAGUUCCAGCUGGAUCACGCUCGCUCUAACCUGAUCUGGAACCUGAAGACGCGCGAGGAGCUGCGGGACGCUCUGGAGGCAGAGAUGCGCUCCUUCGGUGUGGACCGCGAGCUCGGCAGCGCUAGCGUCAUCUCCUGGAACCACCAGGAGUUCGAGGUGAAGUACGAGUGCCUCUCUGACGAGAUCAAGAUCGGGGAUUAUUACCUGCGUCUGCUGCUGGAGGAGGAUGAGAGCGAGGAGUCUGGAGCCAUCAAGAGAUCGUACGAGUUCUUUAACGAGCUCUACCAUCGCUUCCUGCUGACUCCUAAAGUGGCCAUGAAGUGUUUGUGUCUGCAGGCGCUCACCAUCGUCUACGGGAAGUGCUGCGAGGAGAUCGGACCGUUUGCUGACACCAAGUACAUCAUGGGCAUGCUGGACCGGUGUACAGACAAGCUGGAGAGAGACAGACUCAUCCUCUUCCUCAACAAACUCAUUCUCAACAAGAAAAAUGUGAAGGAUGUGAUGGACUCUAACGGAGUGCGUAUACUAGUGGAUCUGCUCACCCUCGCUCACCUUCACACCAACAGAGCCACUGUCCCACUGCAGAGUAAUGUGUUGGAGGCUUCUCCGGACAUGAAGCGUGAGAGCGAGAAGGAGUGGUACUUCGGGAACGCAGAUAAAGAGAGGCGAGGGCCUUUCGGCUUUGAGGAGAUGCAGGAGUUCUGGAGCGCCGGGACGCUGACGGCUAAGACACGCUGCUGGGCUCAGGGCAUGGACGGCUGGCGGCCGCUGCAGGCUAUCCCACAGCUGAAGUGGAGUCUGCUGGCCGCAGGACAGGCCGUGAUGAACGAGACGGAUCUGGCCACGCUCAUCCUCAACAUGCUCAUCACCAUGUGCUCCUACUUCCCCAGCCGGGACCAAGAUAAUGCUAUUAUCAGGCCUUUACCAAAGGUGAAGAGACUCAUCAGCGACAGCACCUGCCUGCCGCACAUCGUCCAGCUGCUCUUGACCUUUGACCCCAUCCUGGUGGAGAAAGUAGCUAACCUGCUGUACCUGGUGAUGCAGGACAACCCUAACCUGCAGCGGCUCUACCUCACCGGAGUCUUCUUCUUCAUCAUGAUGUACACCGGCUCCAAUGUGCUGCCCGUGGCACGGUUCUUGAAAUACACUCACCUGAAGCAGGCCUUUAAAUCAGAGGAGGCUAAAGGUCAGGACAUCGUUCAGAGGAGCGUGUUGGGCUCGAUGCUGCCGGAGGCCAUGGUGUGUUACCUGGAGAACUACGAGGCCAAGCGCUUCUCCGAGAUAUUCUUGGGAGAGUUUGACACGCCUGAAGCCAUCUGGAGCAGUGAGAUGAGGAGAAUCAAAGUGAAGCUGCUGAAGGACACUCUGGACGCCUGGAAGAGAGAGGUGGAGAAGAAGCCGCCCUCCAUGUCUGUGGAUGACGCCUAUGAAGUGCUGAACCUCCCUAAAGGACAGGGACAGCAUGAAGAGAGUAAAAUAAGGAAAGCUUACUUCAGAUUGGCCCAAAAAUACCAUCCAGACAAAAAUCCGGAUGGCAGGGACAUGUUUGAGAAAGUCAACAAAGCCUACGAGUUCCUGUGCACCAAAUCGGCCCGUAUUGUGGACGGUCCUGACCCAGAGAACAUCAUCCUGAUCCUCAAAGCCCAGAGCAUCCUGUUCAACAGACACAAGCAGGAACUGGAGCCGUAUAAAUACGCCGGCUACCCCAUGCUAAUUAAGACCAUCACCAUGGAAACGGGUGACGGGCAGCUGUUCUCCAAGACCUCGGCUCUGUUACCGGCUGCUGCUGAGCUGGCCUUCCACACCGUCAACUGUUCAGCGCUGAAUGCGGAGGAGCUGCGGCGGGAGAACGGCAUCGAGGUGCUGAUGGAGGCUCUGUCUCGCUGCGUGUCUGUGCUCACCGCCUCCAGCAGACCGGAGGACAUGGCAGUGCAGGUGUGCGGGCACGUCUGUAGGUGCUAUAGCGUCGCUGCUCAGUUCGAGGAGUGCAGAGAGAAGAUAGUCGAGCUUCCCAACAUUAUUAGAGAUGUUUGUCACAUUCUCUACUACAGCAAGGGUCUGCCGCGCUUGGCGUCUCUGGCGGUGGAGUGCGUCAGCUCCUUCGCGGUGGACUUCUUCCUGCAGACGCACCUGUACCAGGCUGGAGUUCUGUGGCACCUGCUCUUCACGCUCUUCAGCUACGACUACACGCUGGAGGAGAGCGGCGUCCAGGCCAUAUUCAUUUCUUUAAAUGUAGAGUGUCUGACAGCUGUUAAACACUGGUCUGUGUGUGUUUCUCAGUAUCCAAAGGCGUUUGCGUCGAGUCUCUUGGACUAUGUGGGCUCUCAGGCUCAGUAUCUGCACACGCUGCUGGCGAUGACGCAGACUAAUAAAGUGGAGUCGCAGCAGCACGCUCCGAGACUGCGCUGGGCCGAGAUGGCGCUGGAAGCUCUCCGCAACGUCAUCAAGAACAACCCAGGCUCUGAGACGGAGUGCAUCUGUCACUUCAAGCUGCUCUUCUCUCUGCUGAGGGUCCACGGCGCCGGAAGAGUCCAGCAGCUGGCUUUAGAGGUGGUGAACACGGUCACAUCAAACCAGGACUGUGUGGUCAACAUCGCUGAGUCUCUGGUUCUGCCCAAUCUGCUGGUGCUGCUGCACUCCUUACCCUCCAGCCGUCAGCUGGUGCUGGAGACGCUUUACGCUCUGACCUCCAACACCAAGAUCAUCACUGAGGCCAUGAACAGAGGUGCGCUGAUCUACCUGCUGGAUCUGUUCUGUAACUCCACCCAUCCUCAGGUGCGCACGCAGACGGCUGAGCUCUUCUCCAAGAUGACCUCGGACAAGCUGGUGGGGCCCAAGGUGCGUCUGACGCUGAUGCGCUUCCUGCCGGCCGUGUUCAUGGACGCCAUGCGUGAUAACCCCGAGGCGGCGGUGCACAUAUUCGAGGGAACGCACGAGAACCCCGAGCUGAUCUGGAACGACAGCUCGAGAGAGACCGUCUCCACCAGCGUCAGAGAGAUGAUGCUGGAGCACUUCAAGCAGCAGAAGGACAAUCCUGACGUCAGCUGGAAGCUGCCGGAUGAUUUCUCGGUGGCCUACGGAGCGGGUCAGGGCGAGCUGGAGGUCGGCGGGGUGUUCCUGCGGAUCUUCAUCUCUCAGCCCGGCUGGGUUUUACGGAAGCCCAGAGAGUUCCUGGUGUCGUUGAUGGACACUCUGACCGCACUGCUGGAGAAGAAUAACCCGAACGGUGAGGCUCUGGAGACGGUGAGCACCGCAGCCGUGUGUCUCUUCAGCACGCAGACGCAGCUGGCUGAUCAGGUUCCUCCUCUCGGUCAUCUGCCUCGUGUCCUGACCGCGCUCAACCACAAGAACAACGCCGUGCCCAAGAGUGCCAUCCGACUCAUCCACGUGCUCUCAGACAACGAGCUGUGUGUGCGCUCCAUGGCAGCGUUAGACACCAUCGGCCCGCUGAUGACGGGGAUGAAGCUCAGGGCUGAUAUGGCAGGACUGGCCUGUGAAGCUCUGAACCGCAUGUUCCAGCGAGAGCAGACCGAACUGGUCGCACAGGCUCUUCGGGUGGAUCUGGUGCCGUACCUGCUGAAGCUGUUGGAGGGAGUCGGGUUGGAGACUCUUGAAAACCCAUCAGCAACCAAAGCUCAGAUUGUCAAAGCGCUCAAAUCCAUGACCCGCAGCCUGCAGUUCGGAGAACAGGUGAAUGAGAUCCUCUCUCGUUCCACUGUGUGGAGUGCCUUCAAAGACCAGAAACACGACCUCUUCAUCUCCGACUCCCAGACCGCAGGUUACCUGACGGGUCCAGGAGUGGCAGGUUAUCUGACAGCAGGCAGCGGCUCUACAGUCAUGCCGAGUGUCCCGCCGCCCGUAGACAACGACACCGGAGACUCAUGAAACACCAGACAAACCCGGACAC